AUGACGACGCAGAUACUGGAUGUCGUGCUCCACAUUUUCAACUCUUGCAUAGAAGGAUUCAAAUACUGUAAACCCAUUAUCCAAGUUGAUGGCACAUUUCUCACGGGUAAAUAUCAUGGAACUUUGCUAACCGCCAUUGGUCAAGAUGGCAAUAGAAAUAUUUUCCCGCUCGCCUUUGCCAUUGUAGAAGGUGAGACAAAGGAGGCCUUGAUAUGGUUUUUUCAACUACUUCGAGAACAUCUUUGUCAUCAACAAAAUAUUUGCAUCAUCACUGACAGAGGAAAGGGUAUAUUAUCCGCCUUAAGAUCAGAUGAAGUUGGUUGGGAACAAGAUGCUUACGAGGUCAAGCAACCAACUGUUACGACAAAACUUGCUGCAUUGAGAAACCAAUACCCACAACAAGUUCAAUGGAUAGAUAAAAUUCCAUUACAAAAAUGGUCUCAGGCUUUUGAUGGAGGGAGAAGAUAUGGACAUAUGACGACUAAUCUUGCUGAGUGCACCAACUCCAUUUUAAAGGGAGCACGUUCAUUGCCAAUAUGUGCUCUCAUCAGAACAACAUUUGAGAGGACACAAUCAUGGUUUGUUGAACGCGGAUUAAAGGCGAACUCUAUGCUACAAGCAAGACACCAAUAUCCUGAACAAAUCGCCGACAUCAUUAGGAAAAAUCAACAACAAUCUGCAUAUUGUCAUGUUCAUCGCUACAAUCGUGAAAAUUCUGAAUUUGAUGUUCAAGAAAUUUCAACACCUCACCACUACCGCCCUGUUCCACUUUCCUACAAGGUCAACCUAAAUGAAUGGUGGUGUGAUUGUGGACACUUCCAGGCUACUCGUCUCCCAUGUCAUCAUGUCAUUGCUGUUUGUGCAUUUUCGCAUAUCCCACUAACCCAAGUAAUCGAUCCAGUAUACAGUCUUAACAACAUUUUCAAGGCAUACGAAGUACAAUUUCACCCAAUCCAAAAUGAAGACUAUUGGUCUCUGUAUACAGGUCCAAACUUCAAACCAGAUCCUAAAAUGCGACGCAAAGCAUCCAGAAGACCAUCUACAAAUAGGCUUCAUAAUGAAAUGGAUCAAUCCAAUCCAGAUAAGCCAAAAAAAUGCUCUUACUGCCGCAACGAAGGUCAUCAUAGGGGAAAUUGUCCUUUUCGCCAAUAG